CAACCGGGGAGGACGAAACCCGGCCGAGGUGGCGGCGGCGAUAGCGGCUGCGAUGGUGUCCAACCCCGUGCAUGGCCUGCCCUUUCUCCCGGGCAUGUCCUUUAAGGACUCCACGAAAACUGCAUUUCAUAGAAGCCAGACACUGGGCUACAGGAACGGCUAUGCAGUUGUUCGACGUCCGACAGUUGGGAUCGGUGGGGACCGGCUCCAAGUCAACCAGCUGUCCCAGGCUGAGCUGGAUGAGCUGGCCAAUAAGGCCCCCGUUCUGACAUAUGGCCAACCGAAGCAGGCCCCACCUGCAGAGUUCAUUCCUGCUCACGUGGCUUUUGACAAAAAGGUGCUGAAAUUUGAUGCCUAUUUCCAAGAAGAUGUUCCUAUGUCAACUGAGGAACAUUAUAGGAUCCGUCAAGUGAAAAUUUACUACUAUCUAGAAGAUGACAGCAUGUCUGUCAUCGAGCCUGUUGUGGAAAACUCUGGGAUCCCUCAAGGCAAGUUAAUCAAACGCCAGCGGCUAGCCAAGAAUGACCGGGGAGACCAUUACCAUUGGAAAGACCUAAAUCGAGGAAUAGACAUUACAAUUUAUGGCAAAACUUUCCGUGUUGUUGACUGUGACCGAUUCACACAGGUCUUUUUGGAAAGUCAAGGAAUUGAACUCAAUCCACCAGAGACGAUGGCUCUUGAUCCUUACACCGAACUCCGGAAACAGCCUCUUCGUAAGUAUGUCACCCCAUCGGACUUUGAUCAACUCAAGCAGUUUCUCACCUUUGACAAACAAGUUCUUCGAUUCUAUGCAAUCUGGGAUGAUACAGAUAGCAUGUUUGGUGAAUGUCGGACCUACAUCAUUCAUUACUAUCUUAUGGAUGAUACGGUGGAAAUUCGAGAGGUCCACGAACGGAAUAAUGGGCGAGAUCCCUUCCCACUCCUGAUGAACCGCCAGCGCGUGCCCAAGGUUUUGGUGGAGAAUGCAAAAAACUUCCCUCAGUGUGUGCUGGAAAUCUCUGAUCAAGAGGUGUCGGAAUGGUAUACUGCCAAAGACUUCAUCGUGGGGAAACCACUCACUAUCCUCGGGAGAACUUUCUUCAUUUAUGAUUGUGAUCCAUUUACUCGACAGUAUUACAGAGAAAAGUUUGGAAUCUCCGAUUUACCACGUGUUGAUGUGAGCAAGAAGGAGCCACCUCCUGUAAAACAGGAAUUACCUCCCUAUAAUGGUUAUGGACUAGUUGAAGACUCUGCUCAGAAUUGCUUUGCUCUCAUUCCAAAACCUCCAAGAAAAGAUGUUAUUAAAAUGCUUGUGAAUGAUAACAAAGUGCUUCGUUAUUUGGCUGCACUGGAAUCCCCCAUCCCAGAAGACAAAGACCGUCGAUUUGUCUUCUCUUAUUUUCUGGCCACCGACAUGAUCAGUAUCUUUGAGCCUCCUGUUCGCAAUUCUGGUAUCAUUGGGGGCAAGUACCUUGGCAGAACUAAAGUUGUCAAACCAUACUCAUUGGUGGAAAACCCCGUCUACUACAGCCCUAGUGACUUCUUCAUUGGUGCUGUGAUUGAGGUGUUUGGCCACCGGUUCGUCAUCCUUGAUACAGACGACUAUGUUUUGAAAUACAUGGAAAGCAAUGCUGCCCAGUAUUCACCGGAAGCACUCUUGUCAGUUCAGAACCAUGUUCGAAAGCGAGAACCUCCCGCACCAGAAUUGGAAAACAAGCAGACUGAAGUGGAUCCAGGCGUGCAAGAACUGGAAGCAUUAAUAGACACAAUCCAGAAGCAGCUGAAAGAUCAUCCAUGCAAAGACGGCAUUCGUGAGGCAUUUCAAGUUUAUGACAAGGAAGCUUCAGGAUAUGUGGACAAAGAGAUGUUCUUUAAAAUCUGUGACUCUCUUAACGUCCCAGUUGAUGAUUCCUUGAUCAAGGAGUUAAUCAGGAUGUGCUCUCACGGAGAAGACAAGAUCGACUACUAUAACUUUGUUCGUGCUUUCUCCAACUGACCUGCUGAUGAGAGAAUGCAGUACAGUUUUUUGAGGUUGGACCUACACUUUGAAAUAUACCUUGUACCCUUUAUAGAAGCAUUUACGGAGCUCUUGAAAUUGUAUUUCUUUUUUGGUUCUUCUGUUUCCCUACUACUGAAGUCUAAAUUAAGCUGGGUCUUGUAGGAGCUAAGAUUGGUGCCUUAUUUAGGGAGGAAGGGGUAGGGGUGUCAUGAUGGUUAAUUUUAUGUGUCAACUUGACUGGACCAUGGGUGCCUAGAUAUUUAGUCACAAACUAUAUUGGGCGUGUCUGUGAGGACCUUCUUGGAUGAGAUUAACAUGUGAAUUGGUAGACUGAGCAAAUUGCCCUCCCCAGUUGGUGGACCUCAUCCAGUCCAUUAAAGGCCUGAAUAGAAUAAAAAGGCUGACCCUUUCCCAAGUAAGAGAGAAUUCUUCCUGCCUGUCUUCGAACUGUGACAUCAGCUUUUUCCUGCCUUUGGACUCAAACUGAAGCAUCGGCUCUUCCUGGGUCUCAAGCUUGCUGGCCUUCGGACUGUACAACACCAGCAGCUCUCCUGGUUCUCAGGCCUUCGGACUGGACUGGAACUACAUCAUCGCUCUCAUGGGUCUCCAGCUUGCUGACUGCAAAUCUUGGGACUUGUCAGCCUCCAUAAUUGCGUGAGCCAUUUCCUUAUAAUAAAUCUCUUUCUCUCUAUAUAUACAUCCUAUUGGUUCUGUCUCUCUGGAGAACCCUAAUACAGGUUUACAAUGAUUAAGAGCAGGAAGAAAGAUAGAAUUUGCUAGAAGCAUCAUUUGGGUUGUUGGAAAUAAGCACACAGUC